AUGGACCCCUUUCAUCAGCUGACGCGUGAUCUACUGGAUAGUCCACAGCUCGGAGGGUUCCAAGGUUCCAGCGGACUGGGCCGCAGCCGCACAACGCCGUCGCCGCUACCAUCGACGCCAUCGGACGAGAAAAUCCGGGGUUCUGAUCUCAAGGCCCUGUCUAGCAUCGCAUCGCAUUGUAUCGCAUCAGGCGAACGGUUCAAGGGACAGGAUAGCGACGACGACGAAGGCGACACUGCCGAGGAAGAGAAGGGGAACGAGCUCUGA